GACAAAAGACAACUCAAAGUGCUUUGAGUUUCAGGUAGAGAGUGUGAAAUUACUUGGAAGGAAUCAAAUAAAGUGAACAAGGUGAAAUGAACAGAGGAAAAUUUUUUUUAAAUUUAAAAAAAUAAAUUUAAAUUGCUUUAUAUCAAAAUAUCUAUUAAGUAAAAGUCAUAGAGAUCAUUCAGAAAUAUAAUGUGUACCAGAAAGGUAUCGUACGCUUUUAAUGGAGAUGUUGGAAACUUCCAUUAUGGACCUGGACAUCCAAUGAAACCUCAUAGAUUAAGUGUAAUUCACCAUCUCGUUAUGAAUUACGGCUUACAUAAAAAGAUGCAAAUUUAUCGUCCAUAUCAAGCUACAGCUCAAGACAUGUGUCGAUUUCAUGAUGCAGAUUACAUCGACUUCCUUCAAAAAACACUUCCUGGAACAGUUUCACUUCAAGAUCAUAAAAAUUUUAAUUUAGGAGACGAUUGUCCCAUCUUCGAUGGAUUAUUUCAAUUCUGUUCAAUGUACACUGGAGCAAGUCUUGAAGGAGCACAAAAGCUUAAUCAUAAUCAAAGUGAUAUUUGCAUUAAUUGGAGUGGUGGAUUACAUCAUGCAAAGAAAUAUGAGCCGUCAGGAUUUUGUUAUGUUAACGACAUUGUCAUCAGUAUUUUGGAGCUGCUGAAAUAUCAUCCUCGAGUCCUUUACAUUGACAUUGAUGUGCAUCAUGGAGAUGGUGUCCAAGAGGCUUUCUACUUAACAGACCGUGUGAUGACUGUCAGUUUUCAUAAAUAUGGUGACAAAUUCUUUCCUGGAACUGGAUCGAUGUAUGAAAUUGGCGCUGAAUCAGGUCGAUACUACUCAGUGAAUGUUCCAUUUAAAGAAGGAAUCGACGAUCAAAGUUACUUUCAAGUCUUCAAACCUGUCAUUCAAUCAGUGAUGGAUUAUUAUCGCCCAACAGUCAUUGUGCUUCAAUGUGGAGCUGAUUCGUUAGCUGGAGAUCGUCUUGGAUGUUUUUCAUUGUCAACUCGUGGUCAUGGUGAUUGUGUGAAGUUUGUUAAAGAGUUAAAUGUCCCAACGUUGAUACUUGGCGGUGGUGGCUACACGUUGAGAAAUGUAGCUCGUUGUUGGACAUAUGAAACGUCUUUGUGUGUCGAUGAACAAAUCUCAAAUGACAUUCCGAUGAAUCUCUACAUUGAAUUCUUUAAACCAGACUUUGUUUUACAUCCAGACAUCCCAUCACGCAUAGAAAAUGCUAAUUCGAAGCAAUAUCUCGAAGCGAUCACAAAACACACAUAUGACAUUCUCAAAAUGUGCCAGCACAGUCCAUCAGUUCAAAUGUUCGACAUACCAGCCGAUGCUUUACCUGACGAGAAAGACAGAAACAUCGAUGAACCGGAUGCGGAUGUGAGAAUGAGUCAAUCGGAUAUUGAUAAUCUAAUUGAUAAAAAUAAUGAAUUUUAUGAUGAUGACAAUGACAAUGAUAAGAAUGAAAACGAUUUAUAAAUGUAAAAUGUCAUAAAUUUAAUGUUAAUCGUAAUUUUUUAAUGAAUAAAACAACAAUUGAAAUAUA